AUGGAGGCCCUGCUGUUGCUCACAGGCGUUUUAUCCGCAGCUGCGUGCUGUCACAACGCUCCCACGGAGAUAAGUAACGGCUCUGCGGGACAUUUGCAGACGUUUAGGGAAAAGUUUCUGCGUUUGCGUGAAGUUAGCAGCGACGAGCUUCUCCGCCGCCAUCGCUGUUUUCAGGAUGCCACGCUGCGACAUGUGCACCUGAACUCUCUUUCUACAGCACCACAGUCUGCCAGGUAUGGCAUCAACCAGUUCUCUGACCUCUCCCACAUGGAAUUCAGGGAUAUUUACCUGCGAGCUGUGGGCGGCAGAGCUCCCGCCUUCUCUGGACACACUGUGAAGGGGCUCCCGGCCAGAUUUGACUGGAGGGACAAGGGAGUGGUGGCACCGGUCCAGAACCAAUUAGCAUGUGGGAGUUGCUGGGCGUUCAGCGUGGUCGGUGCCGUCCAGUCGGUCGGGGCGAUGGGCGGCUCGCGGCUGCAGCAGCUCAGCGUGCAGCAGGUUGUCGACUGCUCCUACAACAACGAGGGCUGCAGCGGAGGCUCCCCCUCCCAGGCUCUGUCAUGGCUGAAACAGAGCAAAGUGAAGUUGGUGCCUCAGUCCGAGUAUCCGUACAAGGCCGAAACGGGAAUCUGCCAUUUCUUCCCUCUGACAUACGAUGGCGUCGCUCUGAAGAACUACACCGUGCACAACUUCAGUGGUCAAGAGGAGGCGAUGAUGGGUGAGCUGGUGCAGUCCGGGCCGCUGGUUGUAGUCGUGGACGCCGUCAGCUGGCAGGAUUACCUGGGGGGCAUCAUCCAGCACCACUGCUCCAGCCGCUGGUCCAACCACGCUGUUCUGGUUGUUGGAUACGACACGACCGGGGAGAUCCCGUUCUGGAUCGUGCAGAACUCCUGGGGAACCACAUGGGGAAACGAGGGUUAUGUUUACGUCCAGAUCGGUGCUAAUGUCUGUGGCAUCUCCGACUCUGUGGCCGCCGUUUUUCUUUGACGCUUUGUCUCUG